CGUAACUGUUGUACAAUACAUAACUGGCAGUUUGUGACGACCUCUCUGUAACGAAUUGUGACGACCACGACGCCGACGCUGUACUGAUCGUCCGUGCUUAUCGGUCGCUCGAUUGUUCGUUCAGUGAUCGCCGAUAACAGUUCUUUAUGUGCUCGAUACUUGACGACCUCAACUGUUAGUGAUGAUUGAGAUGUGACUGACAGAUCGGCUGAGACGACGUCAUUCAGCCUGUGGCAGACGUUAACAGGAAGACAAAAGACGCGGAAUAUCUGAGAACAGUAUUGCUUCUUGAAAUACAUGUUCAUAAUCGAGACAGUGUAGAGGGCGUAUUUCACUAUGUCGAUUAGUUCCAUUAAUUCCAUAGUGUCAUAUUUCAACAGUUCUACGUCGUGACACAGAUCAGAAAAGAAAUAAACAGAGUGGUGAUACAUAGUGAAUAAUUUAAUAAAGACUUUUAAAAAUAUAUAUUGUAACCAUGGAUGUUAGCCAGACACAGUUAACGCAACACAGUAAACAAAACAGUCUAGUCAUCUUUGGACAACAAGUAUUAACAGUAAGGAUGACGCGACUUCCGAGAUGGCCGGUGAUGUUGGCACUCCUAGCGGUACUGCCUGGCAUCGCGCUCUGCCAUGACAUCGACGAUAUCGCAGAGAACUCGAACACCACGUCGCAUUCCCGAGUGAAGAGAGUGAUCUACUUGACGAGCGAGCGCCGCCUGACCCUCCCGCCGGAGACUGUGCUGGUCCUCACGCCUACUCUCAGUCUGCCCUUCGCCAGGAACUUACCGACGGGCUACGGCGCUUCUAUGACGAUCUCGAUCCCCUUCAAGAUUGGAUUUGAUGACCUGGGUUUGACCUCCGAAGAGAAUCCUUGGGGUCUUUGGCCAGACUUCGGAUUAUUUAGGAAGAAGAGAGACACCUUCACUUCCUACCCUGGCGUCAACUAUGCGGGAGGAGACAGAGAGAUGAUGUACCAGGUGGUAGAAGACACUCUGUUCAACAUGGGCAUGAAUGGAAAGGGAUGCCUCCUGAGGGCCAUCUGCGAAAUGUUCCAGUUCCCCCUCGAUAAUCACGGUUUCUUUGGUGAAGUCCUCGAACUUUUCUUCAGCGCCAGCCGAUCUCCUCACUCCGAGAAGAGGCUGAACGAGUACACGAGAGCUGAGAGAACCGGCAGGUCGACUGGAGACUGUUUCGAGUAUCAAGAAUUGUGUCCCCAUUCUUUCUUCACCAAUCCUGGGCAGACGAAAUGGCUAGAGGCGGAGAAAUACAUGGAACAGUAUUCAGAAGGAGGAAACACACGAGCGGACGAUAAAGUUACGAAGAAGGCAACGGAAGAAAGUCCGAAGAAGACCACGAAAAAAAACACCGAUAAGAAGGCGCAAAGGGGAUCGAGAAGGGCGUAUAAUUAAUCCUGUAAUAGAGUAAUGUACAAAAUGGCAAUAGUAGGCAUUCAGUGGUUGCGUUGCCCAAUUUUUUUUAUUAUUAUGCUGUGUGAUUCAUCUAUGAACUUGUCUUUUUUAUCAAGGUCUAUGUUUUUGUUGUUGUUGUGUUUAGUAAAGUUUUGCUGUAUUAGUCGUUAGUAAUGACAUAUUACGAGACGAUAUUCUCCUGUAAUUUGGGCAUCUUAACCAGACCUUACAGAGAUCCUAUGAUUAUGCAUUAUGCCUGUCCCAGUAUUCCUGUGAUGUGAGACUGUCUGUGCAUCAACCCUGUCUCCGACCCAAAAGGCGUUGGAAUCUUUAAAGGUUUAGAAAAUGACUUGGCUUGUACGUAUAUGAACUUUGUGGAUGUUUAAAAAUACAGUUUGGAAACUUAGUCGGGAUAGGCUGCCAUGCAGUUUCUCUUUUUUUCUGUUUUUAUUGUCUUAGGUUAUAUAAAGAAAGGUGAUACACACGUACUAUUAUUUAUAAAAUCAUUUGUUUUCCAAUAUAC